GGCCUUCGCGGCCUUUGUAAAAACCUUUUAAAGUCGUAGGCGAAGUGACCUACUUCGUUUAUGGGCUCUAGGGCAUGGUAAAUCAGAUAAGAAAUAUGGCCUGUCGACAUGUCCAAAAUAUGGUACAGAGUGUCUCUAAAUGCUCAGGAACUGAGGCGCUGUAUUCACCAAUCAUUGAUACUGGCUCUGACUCACCAUCUAGUUCCGUCAGUGUUUCUAAAAGCCAUAAAAUGUCAGGGCAUCUGGAGAAAAAUUCCGAUCCCCAUCCAGAAGCUGAUGGAAUGUGUCAAAGGAAAAGUUGUGUUUCACCCCAUAUCUCUCAUCCUUGUGAUUUUCACUGCGAAGAAAGCCAGCUUUUACCUGUUAAAUGCUCACAGGCAAAAAGGAUUGCUCAUGAAGAUGUAGAUGAUCGUCAGUCUCCCAACGACUAUUUGUGGCAGAAAUUGGAAGCGUUGAUUGACCAGAUGAUCUCUGAGGAGGAUGGAAUCCCAGUUCGUAAUGUGAAAAGUCUUAUGUCAGUAAUUCCCAGUACAUUCACAGGUAGUGAUAUUGUUCAUUGGCUAAUGGAACACACCGGUGCCAGUGAUGUAACUGAAGCUGUUCAUCUUGCUAGUCGAAUCGCUUCUAUGGGCUACAUCUUUUGCAUUGAUGAUCAUGUACUGACAGUAAAAAAUGAUGGGCAUACCUAUUACAGAUUUCAAACUCCUUUUCUUUAUCCAAGUCGGUGCAUGGAAGCAGAUACUGCAGACUAUGCUGUUUAUCUAUGUAAGCGUACUAUGCAAAAUAAACAAAGGCUGGAGUUGGCUGGGUUUGAAGCUGAACGCUUGGCUAGUUUACAAAAUAUUUACUGUCAUAAAUGGGAAUUCAUAUAUAUACAGGCUGAAGCAGAAGCUAAAGUGGAUAAGAAAAGAGAUAAAUUAGAAAGAUUGGUUCUUGAAUCCCAAGAACGAGCUUAUUGGGACUUACAUCGACCUCCACCAGGUUGUAUAAAUACAACAGAUAUUGAUAUGCGUAAAUUAUGUCGUGCUAAACGUCCUAAGAAGACUCCAUCUCGACCUGUAAAUUUCCCAAUUCCAAGUGGCCCAGAUGGAUCUAUUUUAUUCUCAAUUUUGGAUAGUCUAUCACUGAGAGAUCGGAUAGCUAAACUUCAAGCUUGUUCACGUACAAGGAUUAAAUUGUCAAAAGCUGCUGAGAGUUUACAAAACUUUUCUGAUCAAUAUUCUGAAUUUGACCUGCUAUUGUCUGCAUCAAUGUCGAUUGGUUUUUCUGCUCCCUCUGGAACUGGAAUUAGUCAACCGACUACAGCUGCUUCUAUUGGUCAAUCGGCAUCAGCUGGUCUAAAUGUGAAUGCUAAUACUGCUUCUGCUUCUUCUACUGCACCUGGAUCUAUUUUACGUGCAUCUGGGGAUAAAUUAAUUCAUCAUACUCGAAGUAUUUCAGCUACUGGUUUUAAUGGGAUCACAUCGCUAACUUCUAUGUCACUUGCUCGUACAGGCAGUGCAAUGGGAAACGGUGCACAGAAUAUGACAACGAGUGGUCAAAUUUCUAGUGGACACGGAUCAGCUGGACAUAUGAUGAAUGUUGCUAGUGCACCUAAUUCAGUUUAUGAUCCAUCACAGGAACCGGUCAGUGCAUUAAAUCCAUGGAUUUCAGAUAAUCCGGACUAUUGGAAUACAGAUAUACGCCCAAAAUACUUGCCUAUUCGCCGUAUUAAACGUUGGAGUUUUUCUAUUCAUGAAUUACUAAAAGAUCCAGUUGGCUUAGAAGAAUUUCAGCGUUGGUUAGAAAAAGAAUUUUCAGCAGAAAAUUUAAGAUUUUGGCAAGCUUGUCAAGUACUUAAAGGUGCCCCACUACGUGAAGUACGUCAAUCCAUCAUGAGUAUAUAUCAGCAGUACCUAGCACCGAAUGCAGUGGAACCAAUUAAUAUUGAUAGUAGGAUUGCUGAUCUGGUCAGACGUCAUAUAGAUGAUGAAUCGAAUACAACACCGAAUCGUUAUUGUUUUGAAGCAGCUGAAGAGCAUAUCUUUCAUUUAAUGAAAUCAGAUUCCUAUUGUCGUUUUCUACGAUCUGAUGUCUAUCGUGAACUAUUUCGUGGUGGUAAAAAGAAAUCAAAGAAACAACGUAGUGGAAUAAAUACUAGCACUAGUUCAGCAGCUGGUACUGGGAUUCAAAUUGGUGCUGUAGUCAACUUUACUGGAGUGGAAUAAAAAGAGGGAUACAUUUGUGUAAUUACGUGUGCUUCUUCUUUUUCUCUCAAUAAUUUUUUUGAUUUUCAUCAUUUGUAAUUAAGAAUGAUCACAUUUUCAUUCUCAUUAUGAUCUGUGGUCUGUACAAAAUAUGCUACAGAUGUCUGAGCAUUUGUUUAGUAUUUUAGGACAUAACUACUCACAAGUAGUAUAUUCUGAGGUUAUUUGUCAGUUAAUUUUUUUAUUAACUUACCCUACACUCAUCAAUGUCAACAUAGUAGUUGAAGGGGUGGGGGUGGGGUGACUAUAAAAUAUUUCAAACUGUUACCCUAUCACCUUAUCUGAAACGCCACACCGUCAGCAAAAUUCAUACUAUACCAUUAUAGAUACUCUAAGUUAUACUGUGAUAUGUAUUUUAUCUCGCUUUUCUUAUCAGAUUUAAAAUCCCUAUGCAUUUAUUUACUCAUACAACAAUAUCUGUACUUUGAUUAUGAAUGUGCAAUCUAUGCUUUUCAGAUUUCGAAUGAUCUCCUUAAUAUUUCUUUACUGAUGUACUUUUUUUCUUCUCGGCCGGAUCAUCCAGUUUGGAUCCACUCAUUAUUGUGUUAAACCGCUUUUUCAGCUCCACUUCCCAUAUGCUGGCCUAUACUUUGCAUUGAGUAGAAAUGUUUCUGUUUUCAUAUGUGAUUCCUCUUUAUGCUGCAUAUAAUUUAAGUAUUUAACACCCCAUGUUUGCAUUUGAUAUAAUCUGACUUGUGAUUUUGUUUUGUUGAACACGUGUAAUAAGUGACUUCGAACUGUUCAGAUGAAAUUUUGCUUUCAUUCUUUUAACUACUUAUAAUGUUUAUUUAAGUAGCCACUCGUUGACUUUAUUCAUUGCUCACUGCUGUAGUGAUUACUUGGUUAUCAUUAUUGUUGUUACCUAUUCAACUUUUUCACCUAACUAAAAUACUAUGACUUUGGUGAAAUCAUUUCAGUUGUUUCGCUAAAUAUUUCGUUGUACGAGGGGGCGUGAAAUGAUACCAACGUGGUCUUUAAGAUUAACGGUUAUUUAUGGCUGUUAGUUCGUUGUCAAACUGGUGAGCGUUUUCAGCGUAUGCUUCCUUCAUGUAGUAGUCCAAGUAAUUAAUUUCUCUCUGGUCAUUUGAAUAAUUUCAACCUUCUGUUGAACAAAUCUCUUUUCCAC